CCAAGGGAAGCAAAGGGAGAGCAGAGCAGCUUGACUGGCUCCACUGCAGGAAUCCGGAUAUGAUGAAAAUGUUUUAGACUCAACUUAUCCUCAGCGAACUGCCGCCACUGCACGUCGAAGGCGCCUCGAGGAUUAUUAUUAAUAUAUAUAUAUAUAUAUUUUUUUUACACAUACGUCAAAACACGUCGGGACAAAGUUGGACAAAGUUACCGGAAAAGUUUGUUUUUUUAGUUGCAGAGGUUACUCUCUCUUAGCCCGGUGUCUUUUUCCUUUUUUUCUUCCCAACGUGUCGGAGGGAAGAGUUGCAGGAUGGGAAUAAGUCAGAUUUGAAGCGAGGGAGUUGUCAUGUUUGAAAGCGCUGAGGGCUGAGGAAAGGGAGGCUUCUUCUUCUUCUUCUUCUCCUUCUGUGUGUGUGUCCCCCCCAAAAAGACGGACUGUCUCAUGUCCAAGGAGACCGUCUUUCCUCCGGAUGGUCCGGCAGGACCAGGGAAGGGCCCUCAGCAAGACACAAGUCCCCUGCUGUCAACCUCACAAGAUGCUUGUGACAGUGAAUCAUCAUCAGGAAGAACGCCGUCUCCCAGGAAACCAGCUGAUGAAGAACAAAGUUACGUGACUGAGGAGAAGCCUAAUUAUUGCGGGCCUGUAAGAACUCAACCUCGGUCUGAGUCACAUCCAGUUCCCCCGGAGCCUACCGAGGAGGGAGACGUUGGCAAGGAUCAAAAUGGCUUUCGCCACAACAGCGCUGGCACGCCCGCGCUGAGUAACGGCAACGGAAUCCACCCUGGCAUCGCCGGGGCCGGGGCCACGCGCACAUGCUCCUGCGGUGCCAACAUCGGCGCGGGUGCCAUGGUGGGUGGGUUGAGUGGCCCAGGCACGAGAUCAGUGGCGACGGCGACGACUACAGAGCAGCCAAGGAAGCAGCCGUCCACGCUUGUGUCAGAGAGGAUGCAGAGGAAAUUGAGGUCCAGCUUAUCGGUCAACAGCGACAGCAGCCGACGCAGCAAAGGCAGUUCCACGGGAUCACAGAAACCUCCUUUACCAGAGGACUGCUGCGUCCACUGCAUCCUGGCCUGUCUCUUCUGCGAGUUCCUGACACUUUGCAACAUGGUGGCGGCGCAGGCCUCGUGCGGCGCGUGCACGUCGGAGGCCUGCUGCUGCUGCUGCUGCGCCGACGACCUGGGCGACGACUGCAACUGCCCCUGUGACAUGGACUGUGGCAUCAUGGAUGCCUGCUGCGAGUCCUCAGAUUGCCUGGAAAUCUGUAUGGAGUGCUGCGGCAUCUGCUUCCCCACAUAGGGAGGCCUGCGCUGAUGUAGAAACAGGAUGCCUUUGCGUGGGGGAAUAACUGGACCCUGGAUGGAAGAAUGGAAGGAAAUUGCUGCUGCUGUCACUUUGAAUUCAGCAACAGACAGGGGGAACAUGUGUGUGUGUGUGUGUAUGUGUGUGUGUGUGUGACUGUGAGUGUGUGUGUGCAGUCCUGUGUUGGGGUUGAGUAAAGCAUGCUUUGAAAGAUAUAUUUUGACACUGGGCUUCUCCAUCAAAACCAGCUCAGCAAGGGCUAGAAGUAACUCCACAUAUAUGAACAUGUUAGUUAAAAUUCAGUGUAUAGUGAGUCGUCUCUGUAAGUAUUCUAUCCUUUGCGUAAGAAGUAUUAUCACAGACCGCCUUAAAGAUUUUAUUGUUACAUCAAGAAUGCUGUCUAGUUGUAUCUUGCCUCUUUCAAAUCAUUUUGAUGAGACGUGUCGCGUACUCUUAGCAAAAUGUUGACAUCACCCUGUUUUUCAAUACAUGUUUUUUUUUUUUUUUAUUUUGAUGCUCAAUAACUGAGGUUGCAGUCUUAGUGCUGUACAACACUGUAAAAGGUUUAUGUGACACGUCCUUAGUUGCAUACUGUAGUUUUGCAACACUUUCAUUUUACACAUAUCUACUGUUGCACUGUCGAAACUGGUGAAAUAUCUUAAGGUGAAUCAGGACAUCACAUUAUCUGCUACUUUCUAAAAACCAAAGGUGGAGAUGGUGCUUGUUUUAAGGGUGUUUUUUUUCCUUUCAUAUUUCAUUUUUUUUUUAUUAAUCAAACUGGUCUAUCGUUACAGAAAACCUGCACAGAAUUGCUGAUAAGCUCAUAAUUGUUUGCUAAAUCGUACUCAAGUGCUGGAAGGUCUAUGAAAACAUUGUACCAAAGAAUCUCAUCUCUCGCCUGGCUUGACAGUAUUUGAAGCCUUGGGUUUACUGGAAAUACAGAACGGAUGCUUACAUUUUUAAAAUACAACAAAAAAAAAAUGUUCCAACCAGCUCACUGUACAGUUUUCUGCAACCUAAGAUGAACAAUGUGUACAGCUUAUGUCUUUAUUUCUGUGAGAGUCUUCAAUGAUUAGGUUUCGUCAGCUGCUUAUGGUACAAGUUUUCCUCUGCGAUGCUCUAUCACAUACAUACUGUGUAAGUACGACUUGUUGGACUGCACUCUGUGCAUGAGAGGAGUGGAAGGAAUUAAAAAACGGUGACCCUGGUUACCAUAUAAGCGGCUUUUGGGUAUCAAGCCCAGUGACUCACAGUACAAAAAAAGGGAGUCAUGAACUGUCAUGUUGAAAUGGUAAACUAAUGCAGGGUAAAGGCAGUUUUCUUCUCCUUUCUUAAUUCUGUGUAUCUCGAGAUGAGUUUGUGGUGAAUCACCAAUGGAGUCAUUUUCUUGUCUUGGAGAUCCGCUUUGAUGUUGUUUAAGUGAUGAUACUUAAUGCUGGCCCUCAUUAGCACGGCUUGGUAAAUGGUUAAAAAAAAAACGUCCCUUCCUAACGCCAACGAAGAUAAUGUGCUGUCAUGCACAGCUCGUCUUAACGGCGCACUGUUAUUGUGUAUAAGGAGGUUGGAUGGGCACCUCUGCAGCAGAUACUGUGCAGAAAGUAAACCUCAUUUUCAUGUUUAUGAUUAACUCGCGCCACAUGUUUUGUUACGGGCUAAAGAGUGUCAAGAAAACACUAUAUAGAUAAUGUGAAGAAUUCAUCUAAAAAGAAAAAGUGUAUACAUGUAGCUACAGUAGUUGUACUCUUAUACUAAACUGUUUUUUUAUUUUUUAAUUCUGUGCCUUACACUUGAUCAUUUUCAUCUCAAUCAUUUCUCAACUUGGAGUUCACAGCUCGUUUUCGUAAUUUUGUACAUCAUCUUCAAUCUCAAAGAGAACCGUUUUUAAAAAAUAAAACAUUACCAAAGAAA